AAAUUAAAGGAAUGCGACAAAGAAGUUCCUAGAAACCUCUCUCUGGCCUUUUUUUUUUUUUUGCUUUUUUCUUUCUUGGAUUCUCUCUCGAGUUUCAGAUGCAUUACACCAUGAACGGUGAUCCCGAGACGGAGAUGAUGGAUACGGACUCCGCCGAGACGUUUAUCCUCGACAAACCAGGCACCGCCAGAGAUUUCCUCUCCGCCGCUCGGAGGCUCGUCGAUCAAGGAGAGCCAUCACAAGCUCUUCAAGCGGUCGUGAUGGCGAUGAGAACCCAAGGAGGAGAUGAGGCAGUACUUCAGAUUCUGAACCGUACCCGUGAACUUUACAAGCGUAGAAUCCAAGAAACAGCUAGUAUGGAUCAGCUGGCUUCUAUAUUUGCAGAGUGUGCCAUUACAGAAGCACAGCCUCUUGGGCAUGAGCCAACAUCAAAACACUUAUUAGGUACCAAAGAAACAGUUGCAGCAGAUGCUCACGGCAUAUCUAUCCUGGAAAAAAUAAUAAACGCUUGA